AGGACUUGUUUCUCCUUCUUCUCUCCUUGUCUCGUCUUCUUCCGAGCGGCGAGGCGAGGGCGGCGUUGGCGACGGGCGGUGGUCGUCUGGGCUUGGAGGAGAGGCCACCGUGGCGGCAGCGAGCGGUGGCCGGAGGAGCAGCGCUCGGGCGGGGACGAAUCGACCCGGCGUGGCGGGCGUCGUUCGGGAGCGUGGAGGCGGCGGGGCUUCGGCAACGUCCCGAGGUUGCCGGCAGCGAGGUGGAUCGGGGCGUACGGUGGGGAGGAAGAGGGAAGCGGUGGUGGUCGGUGGAGGCCGGCAUGUUGGGCGGCGCGGCUAGGCGAGGGGGAGAGGAGGCUAGUGGCUAGCUCGCUCAGUGCGACUCUGACCGCGGCACGCGGCACGCGGGCUUUUACAGCCGCCAUGACCGCGAGGAGGGCGAGGACGGCGUGGGACGGGAGCAGGUGGCUGUAGCGGCGUGCGACCGCAUGCACUGGCGGCGGCGGGAGGCAACGGGGCGAGGAGUAGGGGCAUGGGCUCGAUGCGACGCGGCGAGGCCGUCUUGGUCCGCGGGUAUGGCGUGGACUUCUGGCGACGAGGCGUUGCGGUGACGGCGGCUACAGUGGCGCGCCGGCUUUGAGGAGAGGCGCGGUGGCUCGCUGCUCGGACCGCAGCGGUGCGGCAUUUUGUCGAGCAGGUGGCGUGCGAGGGCGGCUGUCUCGGGGCAAGGCCGUGGGCUGGCUGAGAGAUGUGGCUUAGGUUGAAUAAUAUGCCUUAGGAUUGAGAAUUGGAGGGAAUUCAUUAGGUGUUAAGUUUGGAUUUUGAUUUUGAAUGGUUUCUAAUUUUAGAGGGGAGUGUGAGGAUGUAUGAAUUGAGAUCCUAACUGAAAUUUAUCUUGGGAGAACCUCUUGUUGAUUAAAAAACAGACAAUAUUUGUCUUUUGCAGGCAGUUUCAUAAGAUGGUUUUACUCCAGAAAAGAAGUUCUCUAAGCUGCCAUCAGGAGGAUUAAGGGAGCUCAUUGGUCAAGAUGGCAUAGGCAGGAGCAACAUCAUGGAAGCAGAAGGUAUUUUGAAAGAUCUGAUUGAUGAUAAGGUGAACAAUGUUGAUGCCGAGUUGCAUGUCUUACAAGAAGAGCAUGAAAAAGACCUGCUCGAGCAUGACAGAACGGCCCAAAAGAAGAGGAGGCCCAGGAAAUGGGAAGCCCAAAGCCCAGAUCAGAUUGGCAAACAGCAAUAAAGCGGGGCGAAUACCCCAGUUUCCCUCUCUCCCCCGCCGAGCCUUCGUCGUCAGCUGGUGUUACCCCAGCUUGAAUUCUCUGCAAGACAGCAAGUUCUUCCCUACUCCCUCUCCACCCUGCGCAAUUCCCUCGCAUUCUCAUCCUACUCCAAGAGCAGAGGAGGAAGGAGAUGGAGAGGCAGGACGGCGACGCUGAGGGAUCGGGACGGGGAGAGCAUAGGAGCAGAGGCUGCCGUUCCCCGGCAGAGACCAAGACUGACCGAAGCCCCGGCAUUCCCAGAGUUCUGGAGGUGGGGUUCGCCACCGUGCGAGAACACCACGGGACCAAGAGCACCACGGGACCCCAAAAGAGCAACAACCUCCAGAACAAGAAGAUAAAAUCAAGAGAAGAUGGCAGAGAACCGGAGGCCGCAGAGUUGAGACGGGGCGAGAGGAGAAGAGACCACGAGGUGGUAUUUGCCGCUGCUGCGCGAGAUCCACCUACACUGCAGCGCCCCGACUUCGACUGCGUGCGUCAGAACAAACAUCCCAAUGCCAAUACUGAGAAUGAGAUGACGGGCGGUGAUCUCGAGAAAGCAAGUGGAAGCUUACUAGACCAGAGCAAGCAACCGCUGAACAUAAAGAGGGAUCGUCGCAGGCUAGAAGAAGUCAGUGAUAAAAUGUGGAAGGAUGAAGCGAAGGAGAUUGGAAGCAGGUCGCCAGCACUAACAAAGGGGAGCACGAAAGAGUCUCAGAUGCUUCAGUCUCUCGAUGGCAAAGCAAAAAACGCUCAGAAAAGAAGGAAAGAUGCUAAGCAAGAACUCCGCAGCAAGAUUCCAGGAGUGACACUGGUUUCUGAUGACUCACUGUUUGGGCAAGCAGCUAAUUACAUCGAAGACCUUGAAGGGACAUCACUUGACUUAGAAGGCUUAUCUGGAACUGCCAUGAUCAGAAAAGUUCUUCCUGGUUCAAAUAAAAUACGAGGUGUUACCGCGCUUUUUGAGGCAGCGAGCAGACAUAUAACAGAAGUUAAAAAGAAAAAGAAAAUUGCCCCUGAAGAAGUUGAAAAGGAAUUUCGUCCUGGAGUUGAUGCCCAUGAUGGCCGAGCUGGGAAAAAAUUGACCAACAUGAUUCCCAUUCCUCAUAUUCCAAAAAUAAAUGGCGAUAUUCCUUCUGCCAUUGAAGCCUUUGCAGAUCACCAAAGACUGCUUGACAGGUUGGUGCUGUAUGAUCUGGCUGAAGUCAAGGUUAAAGGAGACAGGAAUUGCCAGUUCCGAGCAUUGUCAGAUCAAAUGUACCACACCACCGAACACCACAGGUUUGUUCGUCAGCAAGUAGUGAAACAGCUUGAGUCUUAUCCUGAAAUUUAUGCGGGUUAUGUCCCUAUGGAUUAUAGGGAAUAUCUGAAGAAGAUGACAGAGGAUGGAGAGUGGGGUGACCAUGUUACGCUUCAGGCUGCUGCCGACUUGUAUGGUGUAAAGAUAACCCUGCUGACAUCAUGCAGAGAUACCUUUUACAUUGAAGUUCUUCCUGCUGACCAGAAACCAAAAGGAGAGAUAUGCAUUAGUUUUUGGGCUGAGGUGCACUACGAUUCGGUAUAUGCAGAAAAAGCCAGUUGAUCCAGUUCCGUUACAACCUAGUCGUCGGCGAGGAACUGCGACGCCCGGCGAGCAGGAAGAACUUUUAUUCUAGAGAAUUGAGAGAAAAGCAGAAGGGGAGAGAGAGAGAGAGAGAGAGAGAGAGAGAUUGUUUUCUUACAUUUUCAACUUGUAUAUAUACGCUACAGCAGCUGGAGAUUUAUAUAGUCAGCACUCGUUUGCCCUCUGGGCCCCACACAGUAGACUCACACAACUAAUACGCUUUCUUUACUUGAA